CUCCUCCAUCCUUCACCUAAUUUCUUGUAGUUGUCCUGGGACCAGGAAAGGUUCGCCUAAGAUAACGAGUUAGGUAGAAGACAGGGAGUCCUGGUGUACAGGCUGGCCCUGGACGUCACUUCCGCUGGCGGCAGUGACGUCACUUCCUGCUCCUGGGGGCGGGGCAUCCGUGUCCUUGCGGUGCGGGGCAGCAGACCAUCCAGACCAACAGGCGUGGUGUCCUCGCGGUGUCCAGCGAGAGGCUACCAAGACAGACGCUAUGACUGAGGCCGAUGUGAAUCCGAAGGCCUAUCCCCUUGCCGAUGCCCACCUCACCAAGAAACUACUGGAUCUCGUUCAGCAGUCAUGUAACUAUAAGCAGCUUCGGAAAGGAGCCAAUGAGGCCACCAAAACCCUCAACAGGGGCAUCUCUGAGUUCAUCGUGAUGGCUGCAGACGCCGAGCCACUGGAGAUCAUUCUGCACCUCCCACUGCUGUGUGAAGACAAGAACGUGCCCUACGUGUUUGUACGCUCCAAGCAGGCCCUGGGAAGAGCCUGUGGGGUCUCCAGGCCUGUCAUCGCCUGUUCUGUCACCAUCAAAGAGGGCUCGCAGCUGAAACAGCAGAUCCAAUCCAUUCAGCAGUCCAUUGAAAGGCUCUUAGUCUAAACCUAUGGCCUCUGCCACGUGCUCCCUGCCCCCCUGAGGUCGUGUAUCAUAUUGUCUGUGUUAGCAUGUAGUAUUUUCAGCUACUCUCUAUUGUUAUAAAAUGUUGUAGUACUAAAUCUUGUUUCUGGAUUUUUGUGUUGUUUUUGUUGUGUUUUAUAGGGUUGUUUUCCCCUUCCCUUCCUCCCUCCCUCCCUCUGCCAUCCUUCAUCCUUUUAUCCUCCCUUUUUGGAACAAGUGUUCAGAGCAGAUAGAAGCAGUGUGGUGGCACUGUUGAAAGGCAGAAAGAGCCAGGAGAAAGCUGAUGGAGCCAGGAUAGAGAUCCGGUUCCAGCUUUCAGCCACUAGCUUCCUAUUGUGUGCAAAGUGUGGUGGAAUUAAACACCAUUCAUUAAGUAUCCCUGUGCCUGGCACACAGAAUCGUUCAUAUGUGUUAAAGUGAUCAAGGGGUUUCCUUUGCACUUGGGCGAUUAUGUAUCAUUUGGGGGAGGAAGCAUGUGUUCUGUGAGGUUGUUUGGCUAUGUCCAAGUGUCAUUUACUCAUGUACCCCUGCUGUUUGCUUUUGGUAAUGUGAUGUUGAUGUUCUCCCCCUACCCCCAACCAUGGCCUUGAGGGUGGCAGGGCAGCAGCAUACCAAAGAGAUGUGCUGCAGGAUUCCAGAGGCGGUCUGGGUGAGUGAGCCAUGGGGCAGUUGACCUGGGUCUUGAAAGAGUCGGGAGUGACAAGGUCAGAGAGCAUGAACUGGUGCUGGCAUGAAGGAUUCCAGGAAGAUCAUGGAGACCUGGCUGGUAGCUGUAACAGAGAUGAUGGAGUCCAAGGAAACAGCCUCUCUCUGGUGAAUGGGACUUUCUUUGGUGGACACUUGGCACCAGCUCUGAGAGUCCUUCCCCUGUGUCCUGCCACCCUGUGGGUUAGAUGUACUCUCUGUCACAUGAGGAGAGUGCUAGUUCAUGUGUUCUCCAUUCUUGUGAGCAUCCUAAUAAAGAAAUCUAUUCCAUUUUGAUGACA